UUAUCAGUGUAUAUCAUUUCUCAAUCUUAUAUCAGAUUUACUUAUAAUUUUGAUGUAAAUGAACUGCAUGGAACAAUAAUGCUCUCUUGUGAAUGACAGCCAUAUGCCCUCUUCAAUCCAAAGAAUCUACAGAAAAGUUAAGCCACGAUUUACUAUCAGAUAACUCAUGCUAAUUUUGUGUUAAAGCAAAGGAAAAUGGCUUAUCGAUUUAACUAGUUUUCAUAUCUUAUCCAACAACAAAAAGCGACUUAUGCAGAAAUAAUGUAAACAGUACUGCACGUGUAGCCUCAAUAUUCAGACCACAAUGAUGCAUGCUAUUACUAUUAUCCUUACAACAUUCGUUUUGUGUUCUGGACUAGACAAUAAUCCGAUACGUAAUACAAAAUAUGGUAAAAUUCGCGGGAGAGUGACAACACGACUUCCGGGGACAGAAGUAGAAGAAUUCCUUGGAGUGCCAUAUGCAGCUCCACCCAUAAAAGCACUUCGUUUUAAGAGACCUACAGAUCCAACACAAUGGGAGGGCAUAAAGAAUACUACUACUGUCCCACCUGCCUGUCCACAACCAAGCUGGACUUAUUUGAGUACACAUAAACCAGACUUCAUGUUAUCCAACGAAGACUGUCUCUUUAUGAAUAUAUUUGUACCUAGGGUGAAGGAAGAGUCUUUGCCUGUCUUGCUUUACAUACAUGGCGGUUCAAACAGAGUGGGGAUGGGUGCAAUGUUUGAUGGAGAUAUAUUGUCGGCAUAUGGCAAGAUAGUGGUGGUCAACUUCAACUACAGGCUAGGUGUACUAGGUUUCUAUGCUGACAGAAGUAAGGGCAUUGAAGGUAACCUUGGAUUACUUGACCAAGUAAAGGCGAUGAAAUGGAUACAGAGAAACAUUCAUUUCUUCAACGGAGAUCCAACAAAAGUUACUAUACACGGACACAGCGCAGGCGCUGGAAACGUUGGUCUCCAUCUUGUAUCGGAUUUAACAAAAGGGUUGUACAGAUAUGCAAUCGUUCACAGUGGGUCUCCCUUAGCUUUUUGGGGUGUUUCUGAUUGUAUACCGACGAUGAAAAACAAAACAGUUCCAAAAGAUUGUCAACAAGGAUCCAGUCAUCUGGUGGAAAGUAUUAACUCUGAGGACCCUAUGUCGGAACCAGUCAAUUUUUAUUUUUUAACUUCAACGGGAGAGAACACACCAUUUAAUUUAGUGCCAUUUCGACCGGUGCUUGAUGGCCAUUACUUAACAGAUAUACCUGAUAAAAUGUUCCAGUGUAAUCAAGUUCACGCUGAAUCAGUUCUCAUGGCUAUGGCCAAAGAUGAAUUCUUUCCGAGUCAUCGCGAUGCCGAAUAUCAAAGAGGUUCAGAUGAACAUUUCGACUUUGGCGGUUUAUUUACUAAAGAUGAAGCAGAUACUAUAGAACAAGUUUACGAGGAAUGGAAGAAAAAUAAUAUAUCUCAAUACCCACAUUAUGCUCAGAUAGGAUCUGAUCUCAUUUUCUUCGCGCCUAUGGUGAAACUGGCCGAUUUGAUAUCAGAAUGGAUGAAACGGGUGUACAUGUUGAGUUUCGAGUAUGUUUCUCAAGAUCUGACCGGACCUAAGUGGCAGGGCGUUCCCCAUGGCUGGGAUCUAUUUUAUGUAUUUGGAGCUCCACUAGUUGGUCAUUCAUGCCAUGUUUACACACCAAGAGAUAUACAGGUUUCUAAGACAACCAUGAAAUUGUUUAGCAAUUACGUUAAAUAUGGAUAUUUAAGUGUUGAUGGUAGGCACCAACUAGAUAUGUAUAACAGUACGACGAAAUCUUUCAAUAAGUUACAUUACCAGAAUGGGAAACCAGUGGUUACAGCUGAAUACAACUUUAGAAAACCAAGAAUGGACUUUUGGAACAAAUAUUUGUUUUCGGAGAAACCUUUUACGUGCAAUCAAGCUUGUUAUGUCGACUUCAGAAUACAUUUAUUUAUAUGUUGCUUAAUAGUUGUGUAUUUAUUCAACUGAUUUACUACCUCAUUGAUGCAACUGUAUAUAUAAUGAAUGUAAAUACAUAUGUAUGUUAUAUAACUGUUAUUGUAAAUAACUAGUAAUUUUCCUUUCUGUUUCUGUCAUUUUUGAAAUGUACUUCUUUAUUUAGCAACACUAUCGAAUACUAUCUUCAGCUGACGUCGUUAGAUUCUAGCGUGAAAUGUGACUUUCGUGUAUUCAAACUAUGUUUUAUUUCGUUUGCGUAAAAUGUGACUUUCGUGUAUUCAUACUAUAUUUUAUUUCGUUUAUGUCGAUCAUUUUUAAAGUUUACCUACAUGUUUAUAGCUUCUUUUCAAUUUCAUAUCCGAGGCACCAAUAUAAUCCCCCAAAACACUACUGGAUUGAUUAAAUUGGCGGAGGAUCAAUAUGGUGUCGGAUCUUGAAAAACAUACGUAUCAUAUGCAUUCAUUAUAUAUAGGUUAAUUAAAUGUGACGUACAUUUGAGUACAAUCGUGCUAACUUAGAAAUCGUUAAAUUAUAUUGAUAUCAGGAAAAGUUUCCGUGAACGUGACUAAUAUCGAUAUGGAUUCAUAACGUCAUAUAGAUAAGAGGCAUACAACCUGUACAGCCGUGACUGAUAUCGAUAUCAUCACGGAUGGCUGAUACAGCACGAUUGUCAUCAGUUGUAUUAUACAAACAAUUUCCCGUUUGAUAUCGGUUUUUCAGGUUUUUCAUUUCUAUAACAAUUAAAUCUGCUACAGCGCUUCUGAUAAAGAAAAAAUGUUCUUUGUAUUCAUUAUAUCAUUUCUGUCUCUCUUCGAAAACAGUAAAAAUUAAUGAAGUGAUAUCAUAUUCAUUUGUGUUUCGCAAGUAAGAAGUGUUUUACGAGAAGAAAAAUAAUUGUUAUCAUAAAACUUCUUUGAUUUGUUGUACAUAAUUGAUUAAUUGUUUCUAAAUAAAAUGUGUUUUUCUU